CAAACCAUAAAUGCAUCACGAAUAAUUGAGUUGCCAUUCAACGAAAUGGGGCUAAAGCCCAAAGCCAAAGAAAAGUCGAGGUAGAGAACCUUCCAUCCCACACUAUAAAAUAGCACCUUCACACUCUCCUAUUUUCCCAUCACACUUAGCUAAUCUCAUUCAUAUAUAUCAAUCACUAAUCAAUCUUCACUUCUCCUCCAUUACUCCAAUUUUUUAAAAAAGAGAAUCAUGGGUGCGAUCACUUAUGAUGUAGAGACCCCUUCCUCCAUCCCGGCCGGGAAGCUCUUCAAGGCCAUCGUGCUCGACGCCGACACCCUCAUCCCCAAGAUCUUGCCUCAGGCCAUCAAGAACGUCGAGAUCUUGGAAGGAGACGGCGGCGCCGGCACCGUCAAGAUCGUUCAUUUUGGCGAAGGGAGUCAGUAUAAGAGCGUCAAGCACCGUGUCGAGGCCAUCGACAAGGACAACUUGACAUACACGUACACCAUCAUUGAAGGUGAUGCUCUCUCAGAUAUUAUUGAAUCCGUCACUUAUCAUAUCAAGAUCGUCCCAACCGAAGAUGGAGGAAGCAUCUGCAAGAACAGGAGCAUCUACAACACCAAGGGUGAUGCUGUGAUUGAUGAGGAGAAGAUCAAGGAGGGGAAAGACAAAGCCCAACAUAUGUUCAAGGCUAUCGAGGCUUACCUCAUCGCCAACCCCGACUGCUGAAAGAGACGAGGCUUCAUAUAUCGAUGAUGUCAUUUUAUAAACGUGGUAUAUAUAUCUGUGACGCGAGAGAAUUGGUGUGCGAGAUAUUAUAAAUAGGCUGAAUUGCCUAGCUAGAGCGAUAUAUUGAUUUACUUUGUGUGGUUUUUGAAUUUGUGUUGAGUGAAUAUUAUUGUAUUGUAUUUGUGUUGCACUAAAUAAAGAAGCAUAAUUAAUAUUGCA